AGGGUCGCCCGCGGCGGGUGGGCAGGACUCAGCUUCUUUCCAUGGCUCCGAGGAAGAAAACCACACGGGGCGCCAGUAAGAAUUCCGUGAAAAGCAAAAAGGUGGAUGCGUUCCUGAAGGAUUUUGACCGGGAAGUCAAUGCACGCAUUGACCAAGCAAGGGUAGACGGUGAGAACCUCCUGAAGGAAAUCGAAAACUUGUACGACAUGGAAAUCUUCCGCUUUCCCAUGGCCGUGAGGGAGAUGAACUGGCUCAGCUAUUUGGCUGCAGGAGGAAGUGAGCAGGCCCUGCAGAAAGUUGCCUCAGCAGAUUCAGACAUACUGGAAAUCACCAAACUAGCAUCUGAAGCUAUUCAGACUCCUGUCAAAACCACGAGGAAAGCUGCCAAAGUCAAACAGGCCAUUGAAACCAUAGAUGAAGAGGUGGGCUCAUCUGUCCUGCCUGCAGGCAAGAGGUCCCGGCAGGAGGGCAAGGCUGCUGGAGCGCCAGAACCGGAGACUCUUUGUCAGAAACUGGGGAAGUUUGAUCACAUUUAUGAACAAGAGGGAAAGCUAUAA